AUGGCCAUGAAAUGUCGAAUUGGAAUAGACUUUGGAGAAACGAUUGGACGAGUCGAGGAUCAUGCUGAUUCAGCAGGAGCAUACCCGUACUCUUUGGAGAUGAUUCGGCAUCUAGUCUUCCAGUUUGGCUCUGACCAUGUCUUUAUUGUUUCGAAAGCUGGACCACAAAUGCAACAGCGCAUUUCACAAUGGCUGAAAGACGCCACGUUCUUCCAGAAGACGAAUAUGAAAAGAUCCAACUUGAUAUUUUGUCGUCAGUAUCUUGAUAAAGUCGCAAUUGUUGAAAAGUUGCAAAUAUCAGUCUUCUUUGAUGACAACUUCAAGGUCGUGUCAUCUCUAUCCAAGUUGAAACAAGUCAAAAGAAUAUUCUGGAUGCAUGCAGAUACAAGACAGUUGAAACAGAUUGCCCGAGGUCAUCGAAACAAGAUUGCAAUCACUCACAGUUGGUCCAAUACAAUGAAAUACUUUCAAAAGAUACACCCUGACAAGGAUGCGAAUGUGAAGGGCGAAACUCGGUAG